UUGAUCCAUACACAAGUUGGGGGAGAGACCAUUUGUAAUCCUCAAUCAACCUAACCGGCAUGUCUUUGGGCUGUGGGAGGAAACCAGAGCACCCGGAGUAAACCCAUAGAUGUCUCUAUUCAAGGCACGUGAUUGGUGGGUGUCAGUGGUGGGCAAGGGGGAAGAAUUUGAUCAUGGCUGUCUGUGUGUAGGGAAUGUGGAUAACAGUGGCAAUGGAUACGAUAAGGUUGUGGUGGGAAGUUACAUGGGGAUGUUGCGCAUCUUCUUACCACAUUCUGCUAAACCAGACGAGUUUAUGGAUUCUGACAGUCAACUGCUGGAAGUGCAGCUGUCUGACCCGAUCAUCCAGGUGGAGAUGGGGAAAUUUGUUUCAGCCUACGCAUCUGAUGAGCUUCUCUACGAUCUUGGUGAUCACUCUUUCUGCUGGAAUCUACGACGUGGACAGCGGACGGUCCCUUCCUGCAGUGACUCUCCCCUGGGCGUCUCGGCAGUUCCGGAGGUGUUCGAGCAAAUUUCCUUUUCUAAAAGAGCAAAUUUCUCCAGCGUGGCUUGUCCCGCUGUUGUCAUGGGUGCAACACACUCAUCGAGGAGGGGGACGGACACAAUGCCUGCUUCCAGUACGCUGGGGCAGACGUUGUGGAUACGUCCUGCCCGCACUGCGGGCGGUGACGAUUCAGACGUUGCGUCACAGGUGGCUGUGUUCCCACGGGACUCGGCCACCACCUCGUUUGCUCCCCGUUCCGUGGCAGCAGGACUACGGCCCUGCUGUCCGCUACGGCAAGCAGCGAGGGUGAUAUGGGGAUUACUGUGAGCGAUAAUCCGCCAGCCACGGGCUCACGGACCGUUCACACCUCGUCUCGCUCGUCUGACCAUUCCCCAGGAGACGGUCCGCCGUCUUAUUCCUCAAUCACUUAUUCGGACACGAUGCGUGAUGAUGAGAUGUCUCCUGCAGCAUCGGGGGGUGACGUACUGCCAUCCGACUCCGACGAUUCCUCGGGCUCCCUCCCUCGGGGGGUCGAGCCCAGGAAAAAGCGGACCUCGAGAUGUCGGCCAUGCUGUCCCGGGCCGCCGUGAGUGUUGGGUUGCAGUGCCCGCACUGCCUCUCCCGGCGCUCGCGGCUGGCUACAUGGCGCCUCGGGUUUGAGCGUGGUUCCAAGCCGCGCUCACCCCCAGUGCCGUGUUUACCGGAAGUGCAUGAGGAACUUUGUAAGACCCAGAACGCCCCUUCCCGGCACGUUUCACGUCAAACAAAGUUCUGUCACCCUCUCUUUCCUCGAGGUUGAGACAGCUGGAGGAUACGUCGGUGUCCCCCGGGUGGAGUAUGCCGCCGCGUUGCACUCGUGCCCGUAGGUGGCGGCCACCUGGGGGGGCUCGACCUAGACUCCCGUCCAAAGCAUGUGGUGUCUCGGCAUCUCUGGUGUCGAGAGCUUACAUUGCGGCGGACCAAGCUGCCUCCUCUCUCCACGCUAUGGCUCCUGCCAGGCCAGGGCGUUGAGAGAGCUCCACGAGGGUAAGACCGACCCAGCGCUUAUGCAGGAACUCCGCGCCACCACCGACCUUGCUCUACGGGCGACCAAGGUGACCACGCGGGCCCUGGGUCGGACGAUGUCCACACUUGUGGUCCAUGAGAAACUCCUCUGACCGAUCCUUGCGCAGAUGAGUAACGCUGAGAAUGUCCGCUUUCUCGACGCACCCGUCUCGCAAGGGGGGGCUGGUUGGUGUUACUGUCGAGCCGCAGCGGCCCCGCUCACCCCGCACGCGGCCUCCCCGGAGGGUUCUCGACAGUAAGAAGCAGUCCUCCGUGCCGCAACUCGGCCGCCUCGGCCGUUGAGUCCCGUGCACUGUCUGCUUCCCGGCAGCCCUGGUCCUCUUCGACGCCCUCCAGCUCUGGUGCCCCCCACUCAGGCGGCCCCCCUGGAGGAGACAGCUAAGAGGAGACCAUCGCCCCAUCAGCAGCCGCGGCAAAGCGGCUGUCAUGGGAAGACCUCAGGGGGAUCGAGGCUACCAUUGGGCCCGACCCCAGCCACAUCGCUGGGAAGUCGGAUAGGGACGGAUCCUGCCCCGUCUCUCCAUCUGCUGGCCCCCUCCGGGGGGCUGGCGCCCACUUACUCUCAAAAAGGGAGAGUUUCCUCUCUCUCUGGGUUACCACAGCCGCUCUCACCCUCUGCACGACGGUGAACGGCAAACUCGACGUUGCGUCAUGGCGAAGCGCAAUGUCGAGUAUAAACACCAGCCUUCAGCACUCUCAGACAGACAGUGCGUCGAGCCGGACAAUCGCCAGGCAGGAAAAACAGCAGAGCCAAUCUCCUCCCCG